AAAAAAAAAAUUGCGUGUAGUAACCAACCCAAGGUUUUGUUGUCGAAAGAAAAUAAAAUUCAUAUUUUUGUUGGUAACUUUGAAUCGGAAAAAAAAAAGAUAUCUGUGAAGUUUCCUUUAGGUGGUCGACGCUGCCGGAGCGGUGGAGAUCGGAGAAAAGAAUAUUCACGAAAUUAAAAGAAUUCUAUUUUGGUUUACAAAUAAAAUUUAAUUUCACAAUCAAGAUUCCACAUAAGUUUCGAAAUCAAUCACAUUUUGGACGGCUCGGACUUGAAUUAUUUGAGUGUUGUUUGGUGAAUGAAAGGGUUUUGAUUGGAAGAGUGGGAUGGACAUUGCUGCAUUUUUAACAUCAGCUGGGAUCAAUGUAGGCAUAUGUGUUGUGCUUUUGUGUUUGUAUUCAGUAUUGCGAAAACAACCCAGCAAUCGGGUUGUUUAUUUUGGCCGCAGACUUGCUUCAGUACGCGAGCGAAGCUCUGAUUUUUUCUCUAUCGAGAGAUUCGUGCCUUCUCCUAGUUGGAUAGUUAAGGCUUGGGAAGCAACUGAAGAAGAAAUUUUAUCUAUUGGUGGUCUUGAUGGAUUAGUUUUCCAACGCAUGCUUAUUUUCAGUAUCCGUGUGUUUUCUAUUGCUGCCAUCAUUUGUCUUCUUCUAGUGCUUCCCAUGAAUUACUAUGGCAAAGACAUGGAACAUAAGUGGAUUCCAUCAGAGUCGCUGCAUGUAUUCACUAUAGGGAAUGUCAAAGAAGGUUCUAGAUGGCUUUGGGCGCACUGUCUUGCUUUGUAUAUCAUAUCCUUUGCAGCCUGUUUUCUCCUUUAUUUUGAGUAUAAAAGCAUCACUGAAAUGAGGUUGGCACAUAUAACUAAAUCCUCACUGAAUCUAGGUCCUUUUACCAUUCUUGUCCGUUCAGUUCCAUGGUGUCCGGAAGAAUCGUUCAAUGAUACAGUGAAAAAAUUCUUUACAAAUUAUUAUCCAUCAAGCUACUUGUCACACCAAAUGGUGUAUAGACGCAGCAUUAUUCAGAAAUUGAUGGUGCGGUUAUUUCCUUUUAUCAACAAGUUGGAUGCAGAGAAGAUGUGCAGCUUGAUUGUUCCAGUUGAUCGACCGAGUCUAAGGCCAUGUUGUCUUUGUGGAAGAACUACUGCUUCUUUUAAGAUUCUUGCAAGCGAAGCAGAGACUGUUAAGGAUUGCAUCAGCUUCGCUGAUUUUGAUGUAGCCACAAGAGAAAAUGAGUGUGCUGCUGCUUUUGUAUUUUUUAAGACUCGUUUUUCUGCUGUAGUUGCCACACAGAUGCUUCAAUCAUUAAAUCCCAUGUUAUGGGUGACAGAGUUGGCCCCUGAACCACGUGAUGUUUUAUGGUCAAACAUUUCUAUUCCAUAUAAACAGCUUUGGCUUCGGAAGAUAGGAACACUGUUGGCUUCCAUAGUAUUCAUGUUUGUGUUCCUUAUUCCUGUGACGUUUGUUCAAGGCUUGACUCAAUUAGAUAAGCUGUCAAAAAUGUUCCCAUUUCUGAGAGGAAUCUUAAAAAAGAAAUUAAUGAGCCGUGUGGUCACAGGGUACUUGCCUAGUGUCAUUUUGAUGCUUUUUCUAUAUUCUGUUCCGCCUGUGAUGAUGGUUUUUUCAUCAGUGGAGGGGCCUUUCUCGCGUAGUGGAAGGAAAAAGAGUGCAGCCGUGAAAAUCUUGUAUUUCACAAUAUGGAAUGUUUUCUUUGUUAAUAUUCUCUCAGGCUCGGUUAUUAAUCAAUUGGCUGUCUUCACUAGCGUGAAAGAGAUACCUAUGCAACUUGCAAAAGCAAUACCUACUCAGGCUGGCUUCUUCAUGACUUAUGCUUUAACAUCUGGUUGGGCUGGUUUGGCCUGUGAAGUGAUGCAACUUUUUCCUCUGUGCUGGAACAUGUUUAAAAAAUUUAUUCUGAGAAAUAAUGAAGAUUCAUCUGAUGACCUUAUGACUUUCCCAUACCAUACAGAAGUUCCAAGGGUCCUACUGUUCGGUCUUAUUGGGUUCACAUGUUCAGUCAUGGCCCCCUUAAUAAUACCUAUUUUACUGGUUUACUUUGUCUUAGCUUACCUUGUAUACCGUAACCAGAUACUCAAUGUUUAUAUUUUAGAAUACGAAGGUGGUGGGCAUUUUUGGCCUAUUUUUCACAACACGACAAUCUUUUCAUUGGUGUUGACACAAAUUAUAGCUCUCGGCGUCUUUGGGAUUAAAGAAUCACCAAUUGCAGCAGGUUUCAUCUUUCCGCUGGUCUUUUUCACUCUGCUAUUUAACGAGUAUUGCAGGCAGCGGUUUUAUCCAAUUUUCGUCAAGGACCCUAUACAGAUUCUCAUAGAGAUGGAUAGAGACGAUGAACAGUCGGGCAGAAUAGAGGAGAUCUACACAAAACUGCGUUCCGCAUAUUGUCAAUUCCCUAUAACAGCUCAUCACUUUUGUGAAUCUGUAUUAUCUUCUGAAACACAUCAACUUAAAAGCGCCAAGGAUCCAGAGGAAGCUACAUCAGAAAGGGAAAGAAGUGAAGGAAGUGAAACAUGGGCUGUUGUCAAUUUUGAAAAAGAAAGUUGACUCAUUCUGUCUGUAUAUAAAAUAGAAAAAUACACUCAACACUGUUUUAGCAGUUUAUUACAAGCGAUAGUAGUUCUGAUGAACUCGUAGCAGUGCAUGAUAGAAAAAUUAAGUGUAACAUAUGUAUGUAUAUAUGAUUGAGGUUGUCAUUUGUAGGAAUUUGUUUUCUUCCUUCAUGAUGGGAAAUUAUAAGGCAAAAUCCAUUCUCAA